AGGGCAUUUUUACAAGGAUUAAAUGUCAGGAAUUGUGAAACACUUAGUUUAAAUGUAUUUGGCUAAGGUGUAUGUAAACUUCCGACUUCAACUGUAGAUGCAGUAAAGAGGUCAAUGGAAUGCAGACCGUGUGGGAUAGAAGGGCAAUGGAUUGGCGCACAUUCAACAAAUCUGAUCUAAGUGAAUAUUUGUCAAAUCCGCCAUGAUUGAUGUAUUGUAACAGGCCCACAAUGUGGGUACUAAAUUCUGAUUUGGAUAUAUUUAGCUGUUUUCGCUGCAUAACAUUUAGAAGUUUCCCCUUUUCAGGUUUAGAAGAAUGCUAACUCCCGUUUGUAUAAGCAGGUUAGCGUAGCUAGCACACAGAAAUUGGUGGUGUAGUCAAAGUCGUUUUAAACUGUAAUGCAGUUGAUUGAUGACAUGAACAUGUAUUGGGGUUGACCUCCAUACAAACAUAUAGUGUGAAAUACACAUAAACAACAGCCUAAAUGUAGGCUGAUUUUGCUGGGGGGCAGUGAGGAGAUUCGGGAUAGAGAUGCAGGUGGGAAAACAGUGCAUCCUUUUUUACUUCAUGCUAUUUUGGCUGAGCUAUGUCAAGCAGCGGGAAACGGACUCCAACAACUCAGAAGAGCCUUAAACCUGUGCCAGAACCGUGAAAUCUGAUGAUCCAAAAUGCCUCAUAAACUCCUCAAGUUACUCCUGGGAAGUUACCAGUGGCUGGCCAGUUACUGGCCCGUCCUUAUGCCGAGGGGAAUCCGCCUGUACACAUUUGAACAGAUCCCGUUAUUCAUGAAAGAAAACCCAUACAUUACAGAUGGAUACAGAGCCCGUUUACAAUCCAAACUUUGUUUAAAAAGCAUCUUUGUGCUGUCCAAUGAAACAGUCAACAUAUGGACUCAUCUGUUGGGCUUCCUCCUGUUCUUCCUACUGGGGGUGAAUGACAUGUCUACAGUCCUGCCGGCUUCAGGUGCCAACAGAGAAGACUAUGUCAUCUACUGCAUAGCACUCUUCUGCUUUCAGGUGUGUAUGCUGUGUUCUGCAGGGUAUCACAUGUUCUCCUGCCACCUCUCAGAGAAGACAUGUCACCGCUGGUUGGCGCUGGACUUCGUUGGAAUCUCUGUGGGAAUCCUGGGCUGUUACAUUCCAGGGGUCUUCUAUGCCUUCUACUGCAUCACUUUCUGGAGACAGGUGUACCUGGUGACUGCUCUAGCGUUGAUAUUGGCCGUGUUCUUAGCUCAGAUCCACCCUCACUACCACUCUAAGGAGUGGCGACACCAGCGUACUGCCAUCUUCUGCUCCGUGGCUGGCUACGGGAUCAUCCCCGCCGGCCACUGGGUCUGGCUCAAUGAAGGCCUCGGCUCAGCUGUCGUCCAGUUGUUCCUCCCUCGUGUGAUUGUGAUGUAUUUGAUAGCUGGAGCUGCGUUCCUCUUUUACAUCUCUAAAAUCCCAGAACGCUGCUUCCCAGGUCAACUGAACUAUCUGGGUGCCAGCCACCAGGUGUGGCAUGUCCUUGUGGUGUUUUUGCUCUACUGGUGGCACCAGACUGCAGUAUAUAUAAUGAAAUUCAGGCACAGCCAGCCAUGCCCUCCUUUCUACACCCAGCCUGGUCUCAUAGACUAGAUGUAACAUAGUAAAAGUACAUCCGGGACACUCAAAUUAGUAUGAUAUGUUACGUUUGGUAUGGGUGGUUGGUCGAGGUGGAUGGGUGGGUGAAUGCCUAGCUAUCCAAAAAGUUGUGUGUUCAAAUCUCGUCACGGACAACUUUAGAAAAUUUUCAACUACUUGAACUUUUUAGCUACUUUGAAACUACUUAGCAUGUUAGCUAACCCUUCCCCUAACUCUUUUAACCAGCCCUUCCCCUAACUUUAACCCUUUAACCUAACUCCGAACCUUAACCCAUAACCCUAAACUAGCUAACAUUAGCCAGCUAGCUAACGUUGGGUACAACUAAUUGGUAUUCGUACCAUAUCAUACGUAUUGCAAAUUUGUAACAUAUUGUACAUUUACAGAUUCAUAACAAAUUGUACAUUUAGCAAAUUCUUAACAUAUCAUCCAAAUUGUAAUUCAUAACUUAUCAUAUGAAAUGGAUGAUGACAUCCACAAAUUAAUACAUACAAUACGAAACAUAACAUAUCAUACUAAAUGAAGUGUCUCAGAAUUACAUACAGAAUAAUACAAAAUGCUGAGAGACCAGAUUGCUACACAAACAGUGACUAUAGCCUCAAGCUGGCUCAGCCACCGACAGAGCAACAACCUGUACUGCAGCCACUCGAUGCAAUUAAACCAGACUACAGACCUCUAGAAUUCUAUCAUACAGAUGCCCAGUCAAGCAGACAAGAGAGUAGCCUCCCUACCAGAACAACUAUAACCAUACCGUUAGACCUUGCAGAUGUCUGUAGAAAGAGCGAACAAGUAAAAGAGUGGAACCAUCUCUCUGGUUUUAAGGAUUGCGAUUAGUGGUAUGCAAUCGUAUCUGCUUUCUGCUGAGACUUCUGUAAGGCCAGGUUAUAAGAAGGAAAGACAUGUCAGUCAUAGCCUGGUCGCAGGUCUGGGAAGCAAGAUGGCACAAACAGACCUGGGACUAGUCUUGGUGAAGUCACUAGGACACACAGUACAGCUUCAACUGAACAUUUUCUGUUAUUCUCCGAUUAUCUUUUCGUAUUCAAUAUAGUUUUUUUAACCUGAUUUGUAUCUAUUAAUUUGCAUGUAAGCUACUGUUUGAAUGUUACAUGCUGUGAAAUGGUACUUCUUGAAAUGCUUUCUUGAGCACAUGGGACUUUACAAGGGUUAUGUGCAAUCUAGAAUAUAUAUCCUUUGGAAACCGAACAUAGAGCCUAUGUUCAGUUGUUUUUGCCUGCAUAGUUAUCUUACUGUAUUUCAUUAAUGGUGGGGCUGAGUAGUUAUCUUACUGUAUUUCAUUAAUGGUGGGGUUGAGUAGUUAUCUUACUGUAUUUCAUUAAUGGUGGGGCUGAGUAGUUAUCUUACUGUAUUUCAUUAAUGGUGGGGUUGAGUAGUUAUCUUACUGUAUUUCAUUAAUGGUGGGGCUGAGCAGUUAUCUUACUGUAUUUCAUUAAUGGUGGGGUUGAGUAGUUAUCUUACUGUAUUUCAUUAAUGGUGGGGCUGAGCAGUUAUCUUACUGUAUUUCAUUAAUGGUGGGAUUGAGUAGUUAUCUUACUGUAUUUCAUUAAUGGUGGGUUACUUUUAGUAUCAGUGGUCAACUGAACCCCUUCCUCUCACAAUCCACUUGAAUCUAAGGGCUGAUUCAGGAAUUGUUUAGAGAGUUGGUUACAUUUAAACAUAAACCCAAUUAAAUAGAUUGGGAGUAAAUGACCCUUGCUUUAAUUAGUUUGUUAAUAGACUAUUUAUGAAUCCGUCCCUCUAUUCACUUACUAUAUAACCUAACGUAUCGACGUAAAAGAAACACCUGAGUAGAAUACCCCACAUUCUGGUCCUGAUGAUAUUUAUUUUUUUUAAUAACUUGUGGGAGGUUCUCUUCUGCACUAUUCAACCAAUCCAGUAAAUGUGAAGGAGGAGUUAAGAUGGAGCGUCUUCUUUUUAAGCGUCCAAAAGCUGAAGUCGCGUCACAAGCUCUUCCAUUUCCACUGAAAACAGGUUGCACCCAGUGUUUGCAACCCCGCUGAUGAUGCUUACUAUAUAGUACAUGGGUGUGUGAACAACUGCAUAAGAACAAAUACUUUAGAGGCCAGUAUUAUCUAUUGUAUGACUAAUACUGUACGGUUUUACAAUCACAUUACUGACAGGUCUAUCUAUGCACAAUAUGGUGUCCUGUAGAUCACAGGUGGCUGGUGGCACCUUAAUUGGGGGGGGGACGACAAGUUUAUAGUAAUUGGCUGGAAUUGAUUUGAUGGAAUGACAUAGAAGUGUUUUAAUACCAUUGUUAUGAGCCGUCCUCCCCUCACCAGCCUCCUGUAUUGUAGAUCUCCUACUGUGUAGCUAAUACCCAUAGAGGUCAUUCGACCGUGUCAGAUAAUGAUGCUCAGAACAUAUCACAGCCGUUAAAGGCCCACUGUGACAUUCACAGCCUAUAUUGACUGUUCGUUAGCCUUGUUUGUAAAUGAGCUUUUGUUUCAAGUAUGCCUUUAAUUAUUUCACUGUAUUUUACCUGGUUGCUAUAAUGUCGGUCUUUGGUUGUCCAACAUUUGUUUUUCCAUUCAUUUAGGCAUUAUUGUUGGACUUACUUUUGAAUGCUGGAAUGCACUGACUAAAGGGACACAUUAUUUUAAUCUGUAAUAUGACAUGUCUCGAGUAUUAUAAAUUAAUAAAGAAUGCCUAAAAUGA